UUGUUCAGAUCAUGGAGGCAGCCACGUCUACCAUGCAGCACUCUGUCGGUUUGGGCCCUCGAGGUCCCAACCCACCGCAUGGAGCUCAGCCGGCCCAGGGGCCUUCUAACCAGCCGAGUCAGGGGCCUUCAGGAGCCUCCCGACCAGAGGAGCAGCACCACCAGAAGCCCUUCUUCUACAUCCAGCCGUCACAGCCUUACCUUCCCAUGCAGAGUCUGCAGUGGUCUGUUCCUGUUCAGAUGCAGCUGUCCUAUAACCCCUACUACGGCUACUCUGGUUUAGGUUAUGGGAUGCCAGUGAUGCCCCAGUAUCAGCCCAGUGCAUACAUGGAGGCUCCUGGUUUCAUUGUCCCCCACACCCACCUCCACCUGAUGGACUACAGGCGCCUCCUCAACCCCCAGUAUUACCAAACCAUGGCCUUCCACUCCCGCAGGUUCCGCUACCAACAAAACCCCCCUCCCAGAGAAACGGCCAGCUGUGAGGUUCAAACCGAGCCGCUAGCUGCAGCCCAAAGGACCAGCACCCAGAGUUCUGGUGAGGUUCCCAGUGUCCCCCCAGUUCAUAGCAGCGACCCCACCACCGUUGUCCCACCACCACUUGUGCAGAAGACGGAUCAGUCUCCGGAGCUCAAGGACCCGACGCCUUCUCCCACCACCAGGUUGCCAUCAAACAGCAGCUUUGUGAUCCAGACAGAGGAGGUGAGGAUUGAAUGCUGCACUGCACCGGUUGGACUACAGCUGCUGCAAAAGGCGGCAGAAAUGAUCCAGCACAACUCCAUGUUGCAAAGUCCAGUCCUGCCAGACGAUGCACCGAACCUCCCUGCAGACCAGUCGGAUGAGACGCUUCAGGUUUGUCCCGACAUCUUGUUAGAUGGGACACCCAGCACCAAUGAGAAGACUCCUACUGGCGAGGAGUGCAAGAACCAGAUGGACCCUGUGAAUGAGAAUCUUGAAUCUGAAGAAGCAGCCAGUGGCAAAUCUGAGGAGUCAGAAAGUGAGAAAAAUCAAAAUUUCAGCUGUACAGUCAUCCACAUGCCGUUUGGUCAGAAGUACCUUGAUAAACUGAGGAAGAUGGAGACCCCCGUUUGGUCAGUGGAGGAAAAUCUGAUUCCCUCCCCUCAGUCAGGUUCCUGGAAUGUCUCCACAGAUUCUCAGGAUGAAACGCUGAUGGGUGUAGCUGAUGUGUCGUCACCACAGAUGCUGAUAGAGGAGGCUCCAGCCAAAGACAUCGUCCCUGUGAUUGAGAUGUCUUCUCUGGCAGAAGAUGAAGGGAAGGAGAUGCUGCCCACUGUGGAGGAGAUGAGGUCUGAUGCUGAUAUCUGCCCUGUAAUGGACAUCCCUGUUUCAGAAAAGGCGCGUAUGAUCGAGGUGAUUCACUCAGCACAGGUGGAUGUUGCUUCAAACUCGCCUCUGAAGGCUGAUAGGAACCAACACAGGCGAGAAUCAACCAUCCAGGACCAUCAGGACACCUCUUUUGAAUCAUUGCCGGCCUACCUCCCCUCGACAAGCUGGUUAGCUGACUCUGAUCACAGCCACUACUGCAACAAGAUGCCUGUGGCUCCCAAGAAGCAGACCAGACCUGUGAACAGUCAAAGUGUAGAUUUGCCAACCAGAAGAAGAAAACUAGAAUCGGAUUACAAAGAACAGCCCAACAUUCGCAAGUCUAAAGAGAGGUACAAGCCCAAAGGCAAGGCAGAUCGACGAAGUCUCUCUGACCAUGAGUGCUGCAUGAAGAGAAGCUUCAAUGAGAACAUGUUCAGCGAUUAUGUGUCCAAGAGGGAACAACUUUGCUCCAGAUGUUUGGCGAAACAAAGGAUCUGCACGUCUGCCGGUCCGGUACUUGAAGGCAAGAGCUUGAAAAGAAAAGCUGCUCCCUUCCAGCAGUGGAACGACGUCCUCUUACCAACAUGUGACUCCUGUAAAUCUCACAACAAGAGGCGACCGAUGAGAAACGGUUCUAACCCUGAUGUUCGUGGUCCUCAUCACGGACACGACACCGAGGGAGAAUCCUCUGAGAACAGCUGCUGUCGCACGAGACCAAAAUGGAGGCCAGUUGAUGAUCCCAGGAAGCUCACGGACAUCAAGAGGCCGUUGGUGUCCAAGCAGAACCAGGAGAAAUGUCCUGCAGCGAUAUAUCCAAAGCUGAGGGAGAAGAACUGUUCGUGCAACGAGCUUCAACAUCAGCCGCUCACAAGGGAGCGACUUCGACACUGUCCUCAUGGCAACACCAUCAAAGAAAUGGACGAGAACUGCACCAUGCCGGUUCCCCACCAGGAAAAAUGGAGGAACGUGGACCACGUAUAUCUCCCACCCAGGUGGUCAUCUGCAGAGAACUCGUGGAUGGGACUGAUGCCCAACAUAGACACUGACGGCUGCAAGAACAAAACAAGGUCACAACACAUGAACAUGCACAGGAAUUCACAACCACUAUCACAAGGAACUUGUAGAAAAGAUACAAGAUGCUGAUUUGCACAAGAGCACAGUUCAACAAAGUGAAAAAUCACACGUUCUUUUAACGGUUUUGUACACAGAAUUUAUUUAUAUUACACUUAAUUUAAUUGCAUAAUUAAUCACAACGUCCACUAUUUAUUAUUGUUCAA